AUAUACAGGUAUCAAACUUUAACCUCAUUUGUGCAUGUGUGUGUGAGAGUGAGAGAUCAGAGAGAAAAUGGAACCAAAAGAAACUCUGGCAUUUGUACAAGGCCAAGCCGAAAUUUGGCGACACAUGUUGGGCUCGGUGGACUCUAUGGCGUUGAAAUGUGCCGUGGAGCUCCGCAUCGCUGACAUUAUACACUCUCAUGGUGCCCCGAUUACUUUGCGCCAAAUAGCCUCUGGGAUUGAUUCUCCAUCUCCUGAUAUCCCCUUCCUCGCACGUAUCAUGAGAUCACUAGUCCGCAAAAACAUCUUCACCGAACAUAAUUCACUGGAGAGUGACAGGGAGACAGUCUACGGGUUGAACCAGGCGUCAAGAUGGCUUUUGCAUGAUGCUGAGCUGAGCCUAGUGCCAAUGAUCUUACUGAGGAGCCAUCCAUGGGUAUUGGCACCGUUCUAUUACCUCAACCAAUGUGUCAAAGAAGGGGGAACUGCGUUCAAGAAGGCCCAUAGCUGUGAGUUUUGGGACUUUGCAUCGAAAAAUCCUGAGUUCAACAACAUCUUCAAUGAUGCCAUGGCGUGUACGACCAAGAUCGUGAUGGGGGAGGUACUGGCGGAAUACAAAGAUGGGUUUGCCAGCGUGGGAUCAUUGGUGGAUGUAGGAGGUGGGACGGGAGGGAUGACAGGUGAGAUUGUUAAAGCACAUCCACACAUCAAAGGUAUUAACUUCGAUCUACCGCAUGUUGUUGCCACAGCACCAGUGCGAGAGGGGGUCUCCCAUGUUGGAGGUGACAUGUUUGAUGCCAUUCCUAAUGCUGAUGCAGUUUUCAUGAAGUGGGUACUACACGAUUGGAGUGACGAACAUUGCAUGAAGAUUUUGAAGAAUUGCAGAAAAGCAAUACCAGAGAAGAGUGGAAAGCUUAUUAUUGUAGAUAUUGUUCUUGAGAAAGAUGGCAAUGAUUUGUUUGAUGAGACCCGCAUGGCAUUCGAUUUGUUGAUGAUGGCACACACCACUGGCGGAAAGGAGAGGACUGAGCUUGAAUGGCAGAAACUAUUGGUGGAAGCAGGCUUCGGUCGCUACAAAAUCAUCAAAAUUCCAACUAUACCAUCCAUUAUUGAGGCCUAUCCCGAGUGAUCGAGAGUGGCAUGCAAUCGUUGUUGUGAAGAUCAUGCCAUGUACACAUGGUUGAUCACUAGCUUGAUGCCUGGUUUUAUUGUAAACGAACAAACCCAAUAAAAAAUAAAAAUAAAAAUAAAAAAGGGAACAGAUAUGGCAUGAAAAUAAAAGGCAAUUAUGUUAAUAAAUAGUUGGCUUUAGUUUUUA